UUUAGUUUUAUAAUUAACUAUCGCUCCAUCGAAACACGGACUAUGCGCGCCGCGAGACAGGCCUGUUUGCUUGGCAUCGCACCGAACUCACUGAUUCAGUUCACUUCCUCUUCUUCCAAGCGCCUCGCCUCCCUUCUUGUCUCCGCCAUGGCUCUCCUCGCUUCAACCUCCGCUCUAGUACCUCUCUCCCUCUUCCACCACUCCCCACGGAUUCGCACGCGCUUCUUUCCCACACGCGCUGCCAUCAGCUCCUCCUCCCCUGACUCCAGCGAGAGCAUCGUUUCCUCCGCUUCUCCUUUGAAACCCUUUCCUCAAUCCUUCGACCACACGCUUUCGAAUCGCAAGGGCAGCCCACUUGUUCGGCUCGUUCGAUCAGCCGAGUCUACAAUCGAAAGGGUUAUUUUUGACUUCCGGUUCUUGGCACUUUUGGCUAUUGGAGGUUCAUUAGCCGGUUCAUUGUUGUGCUUUCUAAAUGGUUGUGUGUACAUUGUUGAGGCAUACAAAGUUUACUGGACAAGCUGUGUCAAAGGGAUUCAUACAGGAAAUAUGGUUCUAAGAUUAGUUGAAGCUAUUGAUGUAUAUCUUGCUGGAACUGUCAUGUUAAUCUUUGGGAUGGGUCUAUAUGGAUUAUUCAUCAGUAAUGUGCCUCCUGAUGUACCUGCCAAUGUUGAUCGUGCCCUCAAGGGGUCAUCCUUGUUCGGGAUGUUUGCUCUUAAGGAGAGGCCUCAAUGGAUGAAAAUCAGUUCGCUAGAUGAAUUAAAGACUAAAGUGGGGCAUGUCAUUGUCAUGAUUCUUCUAGUAAAGAUGUUUGAGAGGAGCAAGAUGGUGAGAAUAGCCACUGGGUUGGAUCUAUUAAGUUAUUCUGUAUGCAUUUUUUUAUCAUCAGCUUCCUUGUACAUCCUUCAUAAUCUUCACAAGUCGGAAUAGAAAGUGUGUGUGUGUGUGUGUGUGUUUUUUUUUUUUUGAAUCAUCAGCUUCCUCGAAUCCUUGUACAAGUCAGAACAGAAAUGUGACUGCUCAAUUGCAGUUAGUGUAAUAUCAGUUUACUAAAAUAACUUUUAUGUUUGGUAUGCAGGAAA